AUGGACCCCCUUCGUAACUCGUCGAAUGCUUCCAUCUCCUUGUUGAUGCGGCGAAAUGCAAAUUCCAGCAUGACCGAGGCAAACAAUCUCAUGAAAAAUACUUAUUCACCUGCUGAUAUGACCUAUGUUUUGCUUAGCUGUGUGGUUGUCUUUCUUGUCACCCCCGGCAUUGCUCUCUAUUACGCCGGCAUGAUCCGGAAACGCUCUGCACUUUCCAUUCUCACCCAAUCCUUCCUCGUCACCGCGGUCAUCAUGGUUCAGUGGUAUCUCAUCGGCUACUCGCUGGCCGUCGCUCCUGGCUCUUCCUUUUAUGGAUCCCUUUCUCUUGGCGGUUUACAUAAUGUUUGGUUCGACCCAUACGUCCCCGGCUCCACCAUUCCUGCAAUCGUCUACUUUCCUUUCGGCGGCCUUUUCGCCGUCACCACCGCCCAACUCUUGAUCGGCGCCAUGGCCGAGCGAGGUCGUCUUGUUCCCUCGCUUGUCAUCGCUUUCUUGUACAUCACCUUUGUUUACUGUCCCCAAGCAUACUGGACUUGGUCCUCCAAAGGCUGGCUCUUCACCAUGGGUGCCUUGGACUUUGCCGGGGGUGGUCCCGUCCAUAUCUCUUCUGGGUUCGCUGCUCUCGCCUAUUCAUUUGUUUUGGGUCGCCGUCGUGAACCUUCUUUCUCAGAUGAUUCCACCAAUUCCGCCGAUGACUAUUCUUCUUCCAACACUUGCAAUUCCUCCGCCCUCCUCCCUUGGGGCUCUGUCCGAUGGAAGAACUCUCUUGGUCGUGGCCAUAUCCCCAAAUACCCUCCCCAUAAUCCAGCCAUGGCUUACCUCGGUGCCGUCCUGAUUUGGUGUUCUUGGCUCACCUUCAAUUCCGGAACCCUUCUCGCCAUCAAUCUUCGCACAGCUUACAUUUUUGCAAACACCCUCAUCUCUUCCAGCUUUGCCUGCGUCACUUGGGUCGCUAUGGACUAUGUCCGCUAUCGUAAAAUUUCUAUUCUUGGAGUUUCCGAAGGUGCCAUAGCAGGGUUGGUUGGCAUCACGCCCGGCUGCGGCCACGUCUAUCCUUGGGGUGCUGCUGUGGCCGGUAUGUUCACCGCCGUCGUCUGUAACCUCCUCCAUGAUAUCGGCAAUUGGCUGAGUAUCGAUGAGCCUCUUCGUGUCUUUAAUUUACAUGGAAUUGGAGGUGUCAUGGGUUCUAUUGUUUUGGGUGUUGUUGCUCAUCCAAACGUCGCCGCUUCCGAUGGUGCCACUGUCAUUCAAGGUGGUUGGAUCGUCCGCCAUUGGGUACAAAUGGGCUACCAAUUUGCCUCGUUCACCUCCGUUGCUGCUUGGUCCUUUGUUGUCACCGCAAUCAUUUGUCUGCUUGUCGACAUGGUUCCUGGAUUACAGAUCCGUUGUACCCCCGGAGAAGAAGAACAGGGCAUGGAUUAUAUAGACUUGGUCGAACAAAUUGAUGAAAAAGCAAGUCCAGCAAACAUUCGAGUAAUUCAAGCGCAAGAGGUGGAGGAGCCCAUAGGUACAUCUAUUACUACCAAGAAACAAUAA